AUGGUGGGUCUGGAUAACGCGGGGAAGACGGCGGCGGUGCGAGGAAUCCAGGGAGAGAAUCCGCAGGACGUGGCUCCGACUGUGGGCUUCUCCAAGGUGGACCUGAAGCAGGGGAAGUUCGAGGUGACCAUCUUCGACCUGGGAGGCGGGAAGCGGAUCCGCGACAUCUGGAAGAACUACUACUCGGAGUCCCACGGCGUGGUGUUCGUGGUGGACUCCAGCGACGUGCAGCGCAUCCAGGAGACGAAGGAGACCAUGGCGCAGGUCCUGCAGCACCCGCGCAUCGCUGGAAAACCCGUCCUGGUACUUGCUAACAAACAAGACCUGGAGGGGGCGCUGGCGGAGGCCGACAUCAUCGAGAACCUGUCGCUGGAGAAACUCGUUAACGAGAACAAGUGUCUCUGUCAGAUCGAACCGUGCUCCGCCAUCUUAGGAUGUGGAAAGAAGGUGGACAAGUCCAUCAAGAAGGGCCUGACUUGGCUCCUCAGCAACAUCGCCAAAGACUACGAGGCGAUUGCUGAGCGCGUGCAGAAGGACACGGCGGAGCAGCGCGCGCUGGAGGAGCAGGACAAGAAGGAGAGAGCGGAGAGGGUGAGGCGGAUACGAGAGGAGAGGGAACGACUGGAGCGCGAGGAAGCAGAGCGGGAAGGACGGCCCGUCCAGGAGGACGAGGCUGACGACGGGAACAUGCAGAGCCCCUUCCAACCCAUUGGAGACUUAAUCUCCAAGAGAGAAGAGACGGAGACGCAGGAGCAGCUAGAGUUAGGAGACAGGAGUAACGGUCCAAAGGAGAAAGAGGAAGAGGAGGAUGAGGAGGACAACGCUGGAGAGCCAAACAACACGAGACAAACAGCAGAAAACACGACGCCUAUCAACACCAGCCUGUCGGUCCCAGCAGGCGAGCAGAGCAAGAAGAAGACGAGCAAACUGCACCUGAAGAGGAAGCACCGGGUCGACCCGCUGAGGGCCGACGACGGCCCCACAGAGAGCCCAACGCCGCCGCCGCCACCCGUGGGAUGGGCCACGCCCAAAGUCUCUCGGCUGCCCAAACUCGAGCCGAUCGGGGACUUGGGACAUUCUGGUAAAGCCGCCUGUGAUGUCAUCAUCACCUCAUGUCGUCAUCGCACUAACUCCUUCCUGAGUUUUACAAGAAACCGCUCCCGCCGCUCGCCAACAGGCCGCGACCUAACGGUGACUCUCAAGAUGUCAUCUCUUAAAGCUCCUUCACUGACCGACUCACUGACUGAGCGAGCGCGGUGUAGACCACCAAAACCACACCAAUGGGACAACCGUGGGAGCCAGCGGAUUGAGCUGAACAGAGGAGGAAAAUGA